AUGAUAGAGAACAAUGUUGAGAAAAAAACAGAACAUAAUGAAAACUUAAUUGUAGAAAAUUUGGAAGAAAAUAUAAAUGAUAAUGGAGAUCAUUUUAUCGGAAAUUCAAAUGACACAAAAGAUGGAAUAAACAAUGACAGUAAUGAAAAUAAGGAGAAAAAUGUAAAAAGAGAUAUGGGAAAAGAUGAAAAUAAGAGAGAUCUUAUAUUUUCUUCAAUUCUUCGAUAUAAAAAAUAUUUAACAAAAAAAGGUAAUAAUUAUUUCGAGUUCAGUCAAACAAAUUUACAAAUAAAUGAAAAUGAAAUGUUGGUACAUAAUAGUAACUUCUUUCACUUAUUUGAUAUAAAAACAAUUUUUUUCCCUCAUAUUUUUUUAAAUGUCAAUUCACAUAUUAAUAUAAAUAUUUCAGACUAUUUAAAUUAUAUUAAAAAAUAUUCAAACACAUAUGAUACACAAAAAAAUAUUCACUAUAACACAAGACAAGACUUUGUAUUGGAAGCAAUUGAAAAUAUAAAACAUGUCGAAAUCUUCAAAAAUGUGAUGUUAUUGAACAGUCUAUUCCUCACAUUAAACCAAAAAAAUGCCGAACAAUUGAAAACUCAUUUUGAUAGCAUCCACAAAAUUAACUCAAGUGACUUAGUUUUUGUGCAAACAAAUCGAAAAAACGACAUGAUAUUAGGAUAUAUUAAAGAUAGCAAAUAUAAUUUAAUUUUUGAAGUAUUUAAUUUUAAAAAAUUCUUUGAAGAAUGGUAUAAUGAUGAUGCAUAUAUUGAUAUAUUUGAAAUGAAUAAAAAAAAAAUGGAUGAACAUGAUUUUAUUAAAAAGGAUGAAAAUGGAAAAAUAUAUUUAAAAGAACUAAAAAUAAAUGAAAAAAAAAAAAUACACACAAAAAGCGAUACAUUUAAAAAUUUUUACUCAUAUUCUGUGCAUCAAUAUGAUUAUUACUUUUUUAAAAGAUCAAUUAUUGAAUGUUUAUAUUUAAAGGAUACUAAAAUAUGGGAGGGAGGAGGGAAAUGUAUAUUAUCCUUAAAUCUGUGCUUAAAAUAUGUUAAGGAUAAUUUGUUCGUAAUGAUAUUAUAUAGCUAUUAUGAUACAUCGGAAAGUGAUAUGAAUUUUGGAGAAAAAAGUGUGUGUAAAAAUAAUAAAGAAAAAUAUGUUAAUAAGAAUUAUGAUAAUAAUAACGUAAACAAUUUUGAUAGUUGUGAAAAAAACAUCCUCCAAUUUGAGGAUCUGAUUAUGUACAAUAGCCAGUUUGAUCUAAAUAAGGUUGACAAAAAUUUAUUCAAAAGAAACACAUUUUUUGUGAAUGAUUUAUGUUACCCAUUAAAAUGCAAAAUCUUAGGAAUUAUUUCAUUUACUAAUUUGUGUACAGGUGAUUAUAUACGGCAUAUUUAUUUCACAAAAUUAAAAAAAUAUACUUAUAAUUUUAAAAAUGAAUAUAAAUUUAAUUUAUAUUGUCUUUCCAAUGAUGGUGUUUUAUACACAUUUGAUUGUCUUUUAGCAUUCCAAAAUAUAUAUACCGAAGAAAAUUUUAAGUUUGAUAUAAAGAAAUAUUACAAUUUUCAAAUAAAUAAGCAAUGCUCAUGUACCCAAAUAAAUGUCAUAAAAUUUAGUUCAAAAUAUUUGUAUUCUAUAUCUUUUAUAAAUAAUAUAGUUUCCCAUACAAAUAUUUCGAGAAAAAAUAAUGGCCAUCAUUUGGAUAAUUCCAAUUCUGUUCAGAAAAAAAAAACUAGCUAUUCGUAUGGUUUUUCAAAAAAAAACAAUGAAAAUAUAUUUAUGGAAUGUGAAGAAGGGGUAAAAAGAAAUGCAGAUUUAAAAUCUAAUACAUAUGAUGAUAAAAUGCAUUCAAAAAAUAACAGCUCUUUAUACCAUAGUAAUUCUACAUAUAGAAAUAAAAAAUAUAACGAUUUUUUGGAAACUUUAAAAAAUCAAAACGACAUGAACACUCAGGUAGUAAAAUGCAAGUACAAAUUUAUUGUUAUUACAGAGAAAUAUGACAUAUUCAUAAUAACACUAAAAAAAGAGAAAAAAAACACACACACAAAAAAUGAUAAUACUAGUAAAGAAAUAGUGAAUUUUUCGUCUACUAAUAACAACAAUAAAGACAAUGUUAUUUGCAGAAUUAUCAUAAAUAAAUAUAAUUUUGAAAAAUAUAAUGAAAUUAAAUGUAAAAAUAAAAGUUGUGUAUUAUUUGAACUAAUAUGCUUUUAUAAAAAUGGCUAUAUAAAAAAGUAUAAUUAUAUUUGUACAUAUAAAAAUAAUAAUUUUGAAUUUUAUUUAUUUGAAAACGAACAAAUUAAAGAUUCAAGUAUUUCUACGAAACAAUUUUUUAUACCAACACUUUUUUCCUUUAAUGAUGAAAUUAUAAAAAAAAAAAAGGAAACAGAAAAUGAAGAUGGAAAAAAUAAUAGCCUUAAUAUAAAUAACACAGCCAUAAGUCUUUAUAAAAGUUUAAUUUAUUUAUAUUAUGAAGAAAACAAGUAUGAAAAUAUUAGUAUGGCUAUAAAUGAUCAAUGCCUCAUAAUUAAUUAUGUUAAAGCCUUUAGCAAAUGGUUCAGAAAAAUAUAUAAGUUUGUGUAUAAAAGACAUGUAUACCAAUAUAAUGGCCAUUGUACUAUGGUUGAUCAAACUGAUAAGUGUAGCAAUUAUUAUGAUAAUAAUUUUCAUCGAGAAAACAAUAAUAAUAUCGACCUAUGCAAUAAUCUCUGUAUAAAGAAUAAUAAAGAUAACAUCGAUAUAAACAAAAAUGAAACAAAUUCGGGAUACAAGAUUUGGAAUAGUCCCUUAUAUUUAAAUAUGCUUGUUAAAAAAGAAAAUAAAACAUUUUUUUGGGAAUAUAAAUAUAUUUUAUUCGGGUUUUAUGAUUUAUUUUUAAUAAAUGAAAAAAAUAAUUUAUCCCACAUAAAUGAUGAAAGGAAAAAUAUUGAGAAAAAAAACUUAAAAAAUUCUUAUGAUGCACAUAGCCAUUUUAAUUUUAUAAAUAUUGUAAAAGAAUAUUUUUCCUAUGACAAUAUUCUAACUUGUAUAAACAGUUUUCCACAUAAUUUAAACAUAAAAAAAAAAAAAAUUAAACUAAAUUUUUAUUAUUUUAUAAAUUUUUUAAACUUUUUACAAAAUAAUUAUAUAAAUGAAUAUCUAAGUGUAUUUCAUUUAGUAUUUAAUCGGCUGAAUGAAAAAAUACAACAAUGGGAAAAUAAAAUGGACGAAAUCGUUCCUAAUGGUUGCGAAAGUUGCGAGAUGCGUGUAAAUCGAGUUUUGAAAAAAUAUCGACAAUUCAUUGAUGUGCGAAAAUAUUGUCCUAUUUUAUUUUCCUUUUUUGUUCAUAUGUACAAUUUUUGUUUGAAGGGAAAUGGAUUAAAUAGCGACGCAUUUAUUUCACAUAUCACGUAUUUUUUAAUCAACAAAAAUACAAAAAUAAAUAAAAAAAGGUAUAGAUAUUUACAACAAAAGGAGGAAAUAUUAAGAGAAGGAGCAAAUGAAGUUGAUAAUAUAUCCCCUAAUAUUCUUAAUAAAAAUUCAAUCCCUUUAAAUGAGGAUAAGCAUGAAUGUGUAAAUGAUGAAUAUGAAAUACGUGAAAAUGACCAUACAAAAAAAGAGGCUAAAACUAUGUUCAGGUUAGAAAAUAAUAAAAUGAAAAAUAUAAAUGAGGACGAAUUUGAAAAAAAAAAUAAAAAAGAAAUCGAAAUAGAAAGUUUAUUAACAAAUUUUAUAACGUUAAAAAAAUUUUUGUAUUAUAUAAAUAAAGUGAGCAAAUAUCUCAAUGCGAUUUAUAGUAUAACGUCGUUUAAUUGUGGAAAUAUGAGUGAAAAAAGUAAAACAAAAAAAAAUAACAAUGAUAAUAAUAACGAUAAUAGUAGCAGCGAGCUUGUUUUUUAUGUCUACGUUAACAUAUCAAUAUGCCAAGUCCUAUAUACAAUGAUGCACACAUUAAGAAUAAAUAAUACUAACAAAUACGCAAAUUCAAAUUAUAAUUUAAAAAAAAAUAAUAUGGAUUAUUUUUAUUUGUUGAUAUUGCUUAAUUUUUACACUUUGUUUAGUAUUUUAUUAACACAAACAGAAAAUGUUUUAAAAUGUAAUAUCGAUAAAAACAAAAAAAAUAUAGAACCAAAAACAAAUUUGGAUAAAAUAAUUAUUGAGAAAGAUUUAUUAGUUCAUUUUUAUAAUGAGCUAUAUGAAAUUAAUAAAAAUAAUACAAAUUUAGAAGGUCAAAUUAUGUGUGCAAAUAAUGUCGAAAUAAAAGGGGAAGAUUUUCAAAAAUAUUUAAAUUUAAUAUAUAAAUUAUUUAUAACUAUUAUCGAUCAAAUUGAUACUGAUGAUAAACUUAUUGAAAAAAUAUAUUUUAAAAUUAAUUGUUGUCUGUGUGGUAAUAUUAGUUUAUCCAAUUUAUAUAAUAAUUAUUAUAUAUGUGAAAAAAAACAUAUUUUUAAUAAAUGUAUGAUAACAUUUUGCUGCAUAUAUAAAAAUUGUCUAAUAUUACCAAAUAUCUUUAUUUUCGAAAAUAUCCAUAAAAAUAAUAUAUAUGAUCCGGAUAAUCAUAUCUUAAAUUUCAAUCUAAAUUUUAAAAUUACCAAUAUUUAUUUUUGUCCAUUUUGUCAUUAUUUUAUUACAACAGACAAUCAUUUUUUUAACAAAAUAUUUAUUUUCAUUCAAUGUCCUUUUUGCAGUAUUGCUUUAACUAAUUUAUAA